AUGCCUACUCAUAUUAAACUGCUCACUUUCAACUUGUGGGGACUUAAAUACGUAUCCCAUCAUCGAGAAGAGCGUCUGCAUAGUAUUGCCGAUCGUCUUGCAAAUGAAUCAUCCGAGGACGAUUACGAUAUAGUUGCACUUCAGGAGGUGUGGUGCCUGGCCGAUUGGGAGUAUAUUGACAAGGUUUGCGAGACAAAAUACCCAUAUAGAAGAUGCUUUUCUUCUGGAAUGAUCUCUGGACCUGGUUUGGCCAUACUAUCACGUUUUCCUAUAGCAGAAACGUUCAUCUAUCGCUACCCUGUUAAUGGAAGACCUUCUGCUUUCUACCGGGGAGAUUGGUAUGUUGGGAAAUCCGCCGCAGUCACUGUAUUGGACGUUGACCAGGGUAAGGCUAAGAUUGCAGUUGUCAAUUCUCAUAUGCAUGCACCGUAUGCCCUUACAGGAGAUGCUGCCUACUCGUGUCAUAGAGCUGCUCAGGCAUGGGAUUUGGCCCAAUUGGCACAACGGCUCACCCGGCAGGGACUUGGUGUCAUUUUGGUGGGUGAUUUAAACUCCAGACCCAGCUCAUUACCAUAUAGGAUCCUUUCGAACGUUGGCCAGCUUCGGGAUUCUUGGAAAAUGCUUCAUGGAUCUACAGAUUUAGAUAAAGUGGCUCAUAUGUCACCCGAAGAUCAGAUCAAACUUGCAGCUACGACAUGCGAUUCCAUUCUUAACACAUGGCGUGCGUCUCGUGCUCCUACUGAGGCUUGUAGACUAGAUUAUGCGCUUGUAGGAGGUAAUAGAUUGGUUCCAACAGACGCUGGAGUGGUUUUUACUGAAAGAAUACCCAAUGUGGGUUCGUACUCGGAUCAUUUUGGGUAUACUGCCACCUUUGAGUUGAUGGAUGUGGUGAAGCAGAGCUUACAGAGUGUUGAAAUAGAUCAUUCUGCUCUUCUGGCAGUCUACGAUGACCUCACGGAGUUGCUAGUUGGUUACUUGAUGACCACCUCUCAAUGGCAGAGGAAAUGGAGAAUGUGGCAUUUUGUCCUUUCCAUGGUGGUUUUUAUUGCCUUCAUUCCAAUCAUUAUAGUAGUUUCAUACAGAGCACCGUGGUCGUCUGUAAUCUUCUACGUGAUUGGAAGUAUUGUGGCGGUGACAGGAGUGAUAGAUGGACUUCUCUCGUUUUUGUUUGGAAGAAAUGAGCAAAGAGCCAUCAAGGAGGUGUUGAUGCAGGUCAACGAUAAGAGGGUGUAUGAGAACUCACUAUGUAAACACACUAAGUGA